GAAGAAUGCGCGAGGGGUGGAGUUCUGCUCUUUUACUUUCCACUCCACACAGUGAGUGCAGACGGAGAGAUCUCACCGCUGACAGAAGUCGCGCACUUGUACUCUUCCUUGAGGUUUUAUAUUUAGCAAACCAAACCCUUUAUGUAGUCUUCUUUUUUUUUUUCUUACAAGAUUUCUGAUUUCUUAUUUUGAGCACAUCACAGGGCAUCCUCGGAGCGCCAGCACAGACGCUGAUUCUCUGUCACCCUGCUGCGGUCCUCGCUGGAGCUGUGAGAUUUCAGAAAGCACCGCAGGACCCAGAACUGCAAAACUGUUUGAAGUAGAGGGCUUCCUCUUGUCCCACGCGCCCAUGGAAGGCGAUGUUAUGGAUAAACUAGAUGACAUGGCCUCAGUGUCCGAAUUCGACCCUGUCACGGGGGAUAUUCCCGCCACCAAAGUGGAGAUCACAGUCUCGUGCAGAAACCUGUUAGAUCGAGACACGUUCUCAAAGUCUGAUCCUUUGUGUAUUCUGUACACUCAGGGAGCGGAGUCUAAGCAGUGGCGUGAGUUUGGGAGAACUGAAGUCAUCGACAACACCCUGAACCCAGACUUUGUGAGAAAGUACAUCCUGGACUAUUUCUUCGAGGAGAAGCAGAAUUUGCGCUUUGACAUAUAUGACAUUGACUCCAAAAGUCCUGAUCUAGCCAAACACCCCUCCGAUUUCAACGACUUCCUGGGUCAGAGCUUCUGCACUCUGGGUGAGAUAGUGGGUUCACCGGGCAGUCAUCUGGAAAAGCCUUUGGGCGGCAUCCCUGGGAAGAAUUGUGGCACCAUUAUUCUCACUGCAGAGGAACUCGGAAACUGUCGAGACUGUGCAACAAUGCAGUUCUGUGCACAUAAGCUGGAUAAGAAAGACUUCUUUGGCCGCUCUGACCCGUUCAUGGUGUUCUACAGAAGUAAUGAGGAUGGAACGUUCACUAUCUGCCAUAAAACUGAGGUGGUAAAGAAUACGCUGAACCCCGUCUGGCAGCCGUUCACCAUUCCUGUCAGAGCACUGUGCAAUGGAGAUUAUGACAGGUCAAUUAAAGUGGAGGUGUACGACUGGGACAGAGAUGGCAGUCAUGAUUUUAUCGGGGAGUUCACCACCAGCUUCAGAGAGCUCUCUCGUGGCCAGAGUCAGUUCAACGUGUACGAGGUGGUGAAUCCUAAAAAGAAGCUUAAAAAGAGAAGAUACAUCAACUCUGGCACAGUGACACUGCUUUCAUUCUUGGUGGAAGCCGAACACACGUUUCUGGACUACAUCAAAGCAGGGUACGGAUAAAAAUACACACAAUCACCCUCAUGUAAGCGUAUGUACUGUAUUUAGACUUUUCUGAAUGCUUCUGAAAUUGCCGCGUCACAACAUGUAAUUUUUGUAAACAUUGUAAAGGUCAGAAUCUUGCAGAAGCCAUCAGGAUUUUAUCACCGUAUUAAUGGCGUCAAACAGCUUUGGAAAAGAGCUCCAGUA